UCUCUUUCAAUGAUUGUCCAGUCUUGCAACAGUUGUGACAUCUCUGCUAGGACUGUAUCAACGUUUGCACGGGAUUCUAGUAUCAAUUUUUGUACAGGACAUCUCAUUUUUCCGCAGGGAACUUGGAAACCCCCACCUGGCAAAAGCGGACAUGACACUCAAAUGAAACAACGCCCGACGUACAGUAAAAGUUCUUCGGGCGCUAGCGAUGCAUGUUGUUGUUGUAACCGAGGGUGUUUUUCUAUUUCUGCGAGGUUCAUUGUGACACACGCCUUUGUAGUCCCACCGUAAGUGAUUUCGUUGGUUCUUUGUCGGCAACGAUCAAGAAACUGUUGUAAUAACAACAAGUUAUCAUGAGGCAACGUCCGAGAGAAUAACAUUGUGCUGGGGCCAAAGGCUUCUUUAGUUUUAGAGUGAUGGCUCUGUCAGAGGUAAUUGUGGCUCGGAACUAUGAUUCUUCACUACGUUUGCUUCCAUAUUUUGCGGAAGUUCCUAAAUUUAGUUAGAUGUACCCGGAAGUGCUGAAAUGGUUUUCGAUGUGACACGUAUUACUGGCAGAUCCGGAUCGGAGGAAAAGGAGGACAGUGGAGUUUGGUCUCAGAACGGUGGAGCAAUGCUUUAAAUUGAAUCGAAUUUGUAUUUCUGUUUUACUCCAAGCAGAAGUGACUCCGUGGCUGAUGUUUGCUGCUUAGCUUUCCUGGAAAUCGGAUGCUGUUGUUGCUCGGAAACUUCCUUUGAUGGCUCAUGCUGUACACGAUGGUAGCCUUAAGAACAGCACCAUGGGCUUCAAGCAUUCGGACGAACGACAACGUGUGCUAGGAAAUGCCACAACUAACUCCAAUGGAAAAUUCUGGUCAAAGUUUGAAGCUAAGUCAUGGAUUGCCUUUUUGUUUGUGGGCACGUGCCUAGUGUACUGUGUCAGAGUAACACUGCCUAUCUGCAUAGCUACCAUGGCAGAACAAUUUGGAUGGGACAAGACACAGUCUGGAAUUGUACUCGGAAGUUUUUUUUGGGGAUAUUGUCUGACUCAAAUCAUAGGUGGCCACAUCAGUGACAGAUUGGGUGGCGAUAAAAUACUUCUACUUUCAGCUACUUCAUGGGGCUCAGUAAUUACCCUCACUCCGCUCAUUGUUCACUGGAGCUCUACGCCAAUCCUUUUUUUAACCUUAUCUAGAUUCCUUAUGGGCCUGUUUCAAGGUGUGUUUUUCCCAUCUCUGUCAAGUCUAUUCUCCAAUAGAGUGCGAGAGAGUGAACGAGCAUUUACCAGCAGUGCGGUGUGCACUGGCUCCCAGGUUGGGACAUUAAUAAUCGGAGCUUUUGGCUCAGUGUUGUUGGACUGGUUUGGCUGGGAGAGUGUGUUCUACUUUUCUGGCAUCCCUUCAAUUCUGUGGGCCUACUGUAUGUGGAAAUACUUCCUUAAAGGAGAAGACCAGAUUAUAUCUUUGGAAAGUUUGGGCAACAGUCUAGUGAAUUCAAAGGACGAUAAAGUCGCAUGGAGAAAACUGUUUAAAAGUGCUCCUGUCUGGCCAGGUUGGAUUUUCAAUGUAGUUCCUUGGGCUGUUGCAGUCCCCUUCUCAUUGUUUGGUGGCAUUCUGACUGAUCAUCUGGUCAAGCUUGGGUUUGACACUGCUAAGGUGCGUAAAUUAAUGCAGGUGAUUGCCAUGGGAUUAUCCAGUAUCUUUACAGCAUUAUUGAGUUACUCAGGCAGCUAUUAUCAAUCCUUACUGUGUAUAUCAGCUAGUUUAGGACUUCAGACCUUCAGUCACAGUGGGGUAUCUGUCAAUGUUCAAGAUUUAGCACCAUCCUGUGCUGGUGCACUGUUUGGUGUUAUGAACACCGGUGGAGCGUUGUUUGGCGUUGCUUUAGUCUACUUUGCAGGUUACCUCAUUGAAACUUCAGGAUCCUGGCCAUCAGUUUUCAGCUUGAUCAGCAUAGUCAACACAUUUGGCCUUUCUAUCUUUAUCAUCUUUGGCCAGGCUACACGAGUAGACAUUUAAUUAAUGGCAAUAUUUCAGAUUGAAUUUCAAAGUUACUGAACACAGACUUCAAGAAGAAAGAGAGAAUAUAGUUUUUAAAAUAUAAAAGUUCCGACCAGUUUUUCUUGGUUUGAGGAACUUAUUAUUGUACUUUGUUUAUAAACAAAUUGCUGCUGAAGUCCUGUUUUGAAAAAAAAACAAGACUUAAAUAUACACAAAACCAUUUAUGCUAUUUUUAGUGAUUUUAUUUGUUGGAGAGAUGCUAUUUUUACAUGAAUAAACUAUUUAUGAGAAAUAAAUAUAUAAACUUAUAAAUAUAUAAACUUGACUUGUCAGAAGAUGUGAUACAAGAUGUGUCUUCUUAAAGGUGGAUGCUGACAGAGAGCCAAACAUAAAUUCUGAAAAGAUGUAACUGCCCUAUGCUGUUCUUCAGUUGUAUCAGCUGUUUUUCAUUGACUCCAUGCUUACAGGUGCACUUGGAAUUUUUGUUUCCCAUUAGCAUAAUAAUCUAAUACCAGCAUUAGUAAUAAAUGUUAGAUUAAUAAGAAUUUUCAUUUCUGAAUCUUGCAGCUUACAAGUUUAUCGUUUUUAUAUUCCAGUUUCUGGACCUAUAACUUGUGAUGAAAGCAGUAUAUUAUACGAUUUGGAUCCAAACAAAGGCUGGUAGCUAUGAGUCAGUUCUGUGAAGUUUUUUUGUAAAAGGUUAAAAAGCAACUUAGAACAGUGACUUAAAUACAUAAUUUCCAGAAAGCAUAUGAUGGCAAUUAGGCGUCUGGUAGAACCCUGUAAUAUUAGUGAAUAUUAGUUUAUACUAUUAGGUUUAUGGAAGGUAGAGUAAACACAUUAAGGCAAUUGGUUUAGUUUUACUUUAGAACAGAGGUUCAAUUUUGUUUUGGAUCAGAAGAACUCAGACUUCCGUGCCAAACAUAAAACAGUUUCACCUCGCAAAGCAAUUAUGUCAGUUCACAGGAUCCAGUGAGCUCAGCAGAAAUCCUUUUUAGUGUAUGAAGCUUCAAAGUCAGGAGAUUCUGGAUAACUGCCGUUAAGUUGUGCAGACUUAUGAUUCUUUCCGUCAUAAGAAUUUUGAGAGGUUAAUGCCAAUGGAUUCAGAAAGGACAAAACUAUCUCAAUAAUAGAAGUGAAAGAAACUGUAAAAUGCCAGUUAAAUAAAGUUUUAAAAAACUGAGAUAGGAGUGAUAUUUCUCAGGGAUUAAGUCUCUGUAAUAGAUAGUAAUGGGAACAGGUUGCAACUUUGUUCCUUUAAAAUCCACUUAUGCAGUUAAUUAUUAUUAUGCACAUUCCAGAAUAUUUCAUUUAGUGUUUAUCACUGAGUAUAAAAGCGGCAAUUGUCUUUUACGUGUCCUGGUGAUAAGAAAGUCUGGCACCAAGCAGCUAUCCCAGUCCAAUUUUUAUCAUAUUUGCGUGUGGUAUUUUCUGACUGUUGCCUUGUCAACUCAGUGAAAUGCAGUUCAUACAGUCUAUGUUAUGUGUAUAUCACAGUAUGAAUUGAAAUGUGCAACUUUUAAAAUUUAUUUUUGCAUGCUUUCACUUUCUGCUUUUGCAAUGGGAACAGCAAAUCCACAUGGCAACUUCAAUUUUAACAUCGGAUUACUGCAUAAAAUAAGAAUAGUUUCAAUCCACUGUUUGUAUUUAUAAAUAUCUGUAUAUUCAGAAUCAAACACUUAUGUUUAAAUGCUAUCUGUAAUUAUUCAACUUUAACUUGCUUGCAGUUGUAAGAUGCUUAAAUAAUAAAUCAUUUCUAAAUCAUUAACUCUGCAGAUAACGAUUUAUCUUACGGCCAAGUUGAAAUAUUUGAACUGUUGCUAUUUUGUAGAAUAUUGACAAUAAA